AAUCUCUCCCCUCCCCUCCCCUCCCCUAAAGCGGAAGCAGAUCGACGACGAAGAAGAAGAAGAAUCAACCAACCAAUCUCCCCUCACCUAACGACCGACCGAUUAUGAGCUCUCUAUGCCCCUUCGCUAAACUCGCCUCCGCUGGCGCCAAAUGCCCUGUAAAAUCCGAUAAAAACAACAGCACCACUGCCUCAUGUCCUGCCAACUCUCACCACCACAAGGAGGACGAUGCCCAACAAAAUCCAUCUAUGGUGCCACCAAAGUGCCCCUUCGGCUACGACUCCAACACCUUCAAGCUUGGCCCGCUCAGCUGCAUGGUCUGCCACGCGCUUCUAUAUCAAACUAGCAAAUGUACCCCGUGCUCCCACAAGUUCUGCAAGACAUGCAUAUUGCGCUUUAAGGACUGCCCGUUGUGUGGUGCUGACAUAGAAGGAAUUGAGCCCGAUGAUGAACUUCAAGCCCUUGUCGACCACUUCAUUGAUGGCCAUGCACGUAUCAAGCGAUCACAUGCUCCAGGUGAUGAGGAAGUCACAGGUAACAAGGGGGGCAAGGUCAUUUAUGAGGAUGUCUCCAUGGAGAGAGGAGCUUUUCUAGUCCAGCAAGCUAUGAGGGCUUUUCGCGCACAGAACAUUGAAAGUGCAAGGUCUAGGCUCAGUAUGUGCGCAGAAGACAUCAGGGAGGAAUUGAAAUCUAAAGAAGACAACCAGGAACUGUCUUCUCAGCUUGGAGCUGUGUUAGGAAUGCUUGGGGAUUGCUGUCGGACCUUGGGAGAUGCUCCUUCAGCAAUCACUUACUAUGAAGAAAGUUCUGAAUUCCUCUCGAAAUUGCCCAAAAAGGAUUUGGAGUUGGUUCAUACUCUGUCAGUUUCACUAAAUAAAAUUGGAGAUCUUCGCUACUACGAUGGAGACCUCCAGUCAGCAAGAAGCUAUUAUGCACGUUCAUUGGAUGUUCGCAGAAGUGCAGUAAAAGAACACUCAGCGGUGGCUUCCCAGGUCAUUGAUCUAGCAACUUCUCUUGCCAAAGUUGCGGAUGCUGAUAGAAAUCUUGGGAACGAGAGCAUGGCAGUUGAGGGUUUUGAGGAAGCAAUUAAAUGCCUUGAGAAGUUGAAGAUAGAUUCUGAAGAAGCCAGUCUUGAGCAACGGCGCCUCUCAGUUCUUGACUUUCUACACAAACAACUGGAUGACAAGUGAUAUGCACAAUUCUUUUAAGAGCAUACUCACAGGAUAUGUGCUAUCCGUAAUGAGGAUCAGCUCCAGUAAGUAUUGUGAUGAAUAUGGAAGGAGUUGCUCCAGAAUGGGGACUAGUGUAUAUUUGAGGUUUGCUGCGACAGAAAAUAAAUAUUUUCGAGUUGUAGAUGUUUCUUAUGUCUGGUGCGGGUGGAGAGUACUGUUUGAAUCUUGAUGGCCACCAGCCAAAGCUCUAUGGUUUGCUUCUCUUACCCUGACACACUACGGAAGACGAAUCUUCUCGGAAGUUGUUUGUUGCCUGCCGUGUUAUGUGAAUGCUAUCCCACUGUAUAUCGACAAUAAGGAAAGAAAGAAUUCAAGCAUGGACGUUUUUUAUCGCCCUGGCAAA